UAUUAUUAAUAAAGAGAUACCAAGUGGAUCCAAAUCAUGGAAGAAAAAAUCAACAUAGAUAAGUAGAUUGCUGCAUUUGAUUUCCAUAGAAAGCAGGGUAGAAGAGAACCCAUCCCUCUCACACACAUGCGCUCAUAGCCACAGAUGUUUUUAGCUAACAAAACCAGUUUAUGUACACAGAAAGACUGUUUCAAACUCAAAGAUUCACCCAUUCAUUUCUACCUCAUCUAAUCAACAAAGUCUCUCAAUCUCUCUAAACCCAGAAAGAAAAAAGAAAAACAGAAACUCCCUUUUCUUCCUAUAAACUGAAGGAUCAUCGAUGGGACAGGUCCUAGACAAAUUUCACGGUAAGCAGUGGAGGGAAAAACAAAUAAGGUUGAUUGCAGACAAGGCGUAUAAUCACAUAAAAAAACAUUCGGGAAGUGCUAAUCUCACUUUUGAAGACCUGUAUAUUGCUGUUCUACUUGUGUACAAUGAUAUUAACAAGCGCUUGCCUGGUCCCCAUUUUGAUCCUCCUUCGAAAGAGCAAGUCAGAGCCAUGAUGCAGGAAUGCGAUAUGAACCUUGAUGGUGAACUUAACCAUGAAGAAUUUGUGAAGUUUAUGCAGCAGUUAACCGCAGACACGUUCAUUGUGGUUAGUCAGGGGUUGAUUAUCACUUUGGUUGUGGCCCCAACAGUUGCCAUGGCAACAAAGAAGGCUACCGAGGGUUUCCCUGGUGUUGGAAAGGUGGUGCGAAAAUUACCCACCUCAAUCUAUGCAUCCCUCGUUACUCUUGCAAUUGUGUGGUUUCAAACUGCACGUCAGGAUGUUGACUAGAGGCUCCAUUCUUGUUCAGUAAAAAAUAAUCCAUCGUAUAACAGUACAAUGUACACAUUUGCUGUUAGUAUACUUUUUUUGUGAAAUAUGUUGCUGGUAAUUAGUUUACUUCUUAAUAAUCAGGAUGAUAACUUUGCCACAACUUGGUGAGCUGUAUUUAGUUGGUUUAUAUUGUUUGUCAUUCAGGGUGCUUAUACAGUAACCUGAUUUUAAUA